UAUAAAUCUUUGAAAUACAAGUUAUGAAUAGUCCAAUAGGCAAUAACUACUAAUACUUGAAGGACUGUCAGAAUAUAUGCAUUGUAUUAUAAAAUUAAUCCUUACGAUAUAACUGAAAUGUGCAUCCAAAUAUGUUAAGGCUAAUGGUAUCUGCAUUUAAAUAAACAAAGUCAAAUACCUACCCCAUUCAGUAGAAAUAUUAGGCUACUUUUGCAUGGCAGCACAACGACAUUUUUUAGAUUGUGUAAUGAGUAGCCUAGUCAUGCAUUUAACUAGAAUAAAGGGUUGUACUCAAUAGCAAUGACAAUAAUGAAAUGCCGGCUUCAAAUGCCGGCUUCCCCGUAUUCUUCGACUAGAAAGACACCACCCUCCACCUUUUGCCUAGUUGAAUAUAAAGUUACACUUUCAACCCCGUUAGGAUGCGUGAACUACUGGUGACGUAACUACUGAAAAAAAAAUAUUCUGCUGUUAAAUUCCCCUCCCCUACUCCCAGCAUUUCACUUUGGGGCCAUACACAGCAUCAGGAAGGUCUAGGUCGGUGUUUUAUCUCGUGCAAGUUUACUCACAACACGACUACACACUACGGUUGUAUCCAGGAUUAGAGCUGCGACACUUACUUAGAGUGGGAUUUAUUCGUUAGAUCAUUGUGCUUCAAAUUCUGUUUCAUUUUAGGAUUAGAGUGAUAGUAUGUUGGAAUUCAGUUAGUUUGUUAAUUAAUAUAUUGAUCUAAUGUCGUGUACCAUCAGAAACUAAAUUUAUUGGCAAGACUCAUAUGUAGGCUAAAGAAUGACCUCUAGAUCGAGCCAAAGAUGGCUGGUUAAGGUUGACAUACUGUGGUUUUCAAAUUUCAUGGUGAUGCUUUUCUAACGGAUUUUAUUUUGUGCUUUCUUUGGGAUUAUUUUGUGUGAUGUGAAUAUUCAAAAGUAAUUUAUAUGCAGUAUGAAAAGUGACUUGUGGCAAUCAUUGUAGAACUGCACCACAUGCCUUAAUUGGUAAUUAAGUUUUUGUGCAAUAAUUCAUCAAUCUAAAGCUAUGGAAAACACAAACGACACUAAUGGUAUAGUUUGGGAGAGUUUAAUUAUGGUUAAACAGGAAUUGUGUGACGACAUCAUAACAUUUAUGGACAUGAAAUCAGAUGAAACAUCAGCUAUUUCAAGUUCAGAAGAAGUACAAACAAAUAUAUCAACACUCUUUUCAAAUUCUGAAGAUAUAAUGCAAAAUGUAUCAACACAAUUUUCAACUGUUAAAGACAAAUACUUGGAGGAAACAAUGCAACCUUUAGCUUUAGAAGAUAAAAAUAUUGAUAAAACAAAGCCUUUGUUUAAUUUAGAAGAGAUGAAACAAGAUAACCCAACAUUUUCAUCUGCUGAAGACAUGAAACCAAAUCUAUCAACAGCAUUUUCAAUUUUUGAAGAUAUAAAACCUGAGAUAUUAACAAUUUCAUCUUUGGAGAGUGAAAAACAAAAUGGUUUCAAAGCACAGCAACAACUUUCUUCCCCACCAGAUUCAACUGAUUUUAAAGAAAAUUUAGCAGUUUUAAAAUCAGAUCUUCAAAAUGAAUUAAAAGAACUCAAGUCAUUGCAUACAAAAUUGAUUGAUAAUCUCCCAACAGAAUAUCUGGUUAGCAAUAAGGGACUGAAGACAUACAAGUGUGAUAUGUGUUGUCAAAGAUUUUCCCAUUUUGAUCUUGUUAAACAACACAUAAACAUUCACACAAGGGUGAAUCCAUAUGGUCAUGAUUUUCAUCAGCAAGAAGUUGUUAUGAUCAGUCAGGGUGAACAGAUUAACAAAAUAAACCUAGAACAGGUAUACAAUAAGUCUAGUUUGUCUAAAAAGUUCACCACAAAGUCUAGUUUAUCCACACACACAAAUAUUCAUUCUGGAAUUAAUAAGCCAUAUGAAUGCUAUGUGUGUCAUAAAAAAUAUCAUAAUAAAAAUUAUUUAGCAAACCAUAUAAAGAUACAUUUAGGAGAAAGUCCAUAUGAAUGUGGUGUGUGUCAUAAAAAGUUUGCAAAAAAGAGUAAUUUAUCUAGCCAUAAAAUAGCUAUCCAUUCUAGUCUCAAGCCACAUAAAUGUGAUGUUUGUCAUAAAAGUUUUGCCCUUAAAUCUAGAUUAUCUAAACAUAAAAAAAUUCAUUUACCGGAGAGACCAUAUGGAUGUGAUGUGUGCCAGAAAAAAUUUAAGAAUAAGGAGGAUUUAUCAAAACAUAAAAAUAUUCAUUUACCAGAGAAACCAUAUGAAUGUGAUGUGUGUCACAAAAAAUUUAAUCACAAACGUUAUUUAUCAGAACAUAAAAAUAUUCAUUUACCAGAGAAACCAUAUGAAUGUGAUGUGUGUCACAAAAAAUUUAAUCAUAAAAGUGCUUUAUCAAAACAUAAAAAUAUUCAUUUACCAGAGAGCCCAUAUGAAUGUGAUGUGUGUCACAAAAAAUUUAAUCAUAAAAGUGAUUUAUCAAAACAUAAAAAUAUUCAUUUACCAGAGAGCCCAUAUGAAUGUGAUGUGUGUCACAAAAAAAUUAAUCAUAAAAGUGAUUUAUCAAAACAUAAAAAUAUUCAUUUACUUAAUUUACCAGAGAGACCAUAUGAAUGUGAUGUGUGUCUUAAAAAAUUUAGUACUAAAUGGGAUCUUUCAAAUCAUAAAAAGAUUCAUUCAGGAGAAAAACCAUUUGAAUGUGAUGUGUGUAAUAAAAAAUUUAAUCGUAAAGGUCAUUUAUCUACACACAAAAAAAUUCAUUUACCGGAGAGACCAUAUGGAUGUGAUGUGUGCCAGAAAAAAUUUAAGAAUAAGGAGGAUUUAUCAAAACAUAAAAAUAUUCAUUUACCAGAGAGACCAUAUGAAUGUGAUGUGUGUCACAAAAAAUUUAAUCACAAACAUUAUUUAUCAGAACAUAAAAAUAUUCAUUUACCAGAGAAACCAUAUGAAUGUGAUGUGUGUCACAAAAAAUUUAAUCAUAAAAGUGAUUUAUCAAAACAUAAAAAUAUUCAUUUACCAGAGAGCCCAUAUGAAUGUGAUGUGUGUCACAAAAAAUUUAAUCAUAAAAGUGAUUUAUCAAAACAUAAAAAUAUUCAUUUACCAGAGAGCCCAUAUGAAUGUGAUGUGUGUCACAAAAAAAUUAAUCAUAAAAGUGAUUUAUCAAAACAUAAAAAUAUUCAUUUACUUAAUUUACCAGAGAGACCAUAUGAAUGUGAUGUGUGUCUUAAAAAAUUUAGUACUAAAUGGAAUCUUUCAAAUCAUAAAAAGAUUCAUUCAGGAGAAAAACCAUUUGAAUGUGAUGUGUGUAAUAAAAAAUUUAAUCGUAAAGGUCAUUUAUCUACACACAAAAAAAUUCAUUUACCAGAGAGACCAUAUGGAUGUGAUGUGUGCCAGAAAAAAUUUAAGAAUAAGGGGGUUUUAUCAAAACAUAAAAAUAUUCAUUUACCAGAGAGACCAUAUGAAUGUGAUGUGUGUCACAAAAAAUUUAAUCACAAACGUUAUUUAUCAGAACAUGAAAAUAUUCAUUUACCAGAGAAACCAUAUGAAUGUGAUGUGUGUCACAAAAAAUUUAAUCAUAAAAGUGAUUUAUCAAAACAUAAAAAUAUUCAUUUACCAGAGAGCCCAUAUGAAUGUGAUGUGUGUCACAAAAAAAUUAAUCAUAAAAGUGAUUUAUCAAAACAUAAAAAUAUUCAUUUACUUAAUUUACCAGAGAGACCAUAUGAAUGUGAUGUGUGUCUUAAAAAAUUUAGUACUAAAUGGAAUCUUUCAAAUCAUAAAAAGAUUCAUUCAGGAGAAAAACCAUUUGAAUGUGAUGUGUGUAAUAAAAAAUUUAAUCGUAAAGGUCAUUUAUCUACACACAAAAAAAUUCAUUUACCAGAGAGACCAUAUGGAUGUGAUGUGUGCCAGAAAAAAUUUAAGAAUAAGGAGGAUUUAUCAAAACAUAAAAAUAUUCAUUUACCAGAGAGACCAUAUGAAUGUGAUGUGUGUCACAAAAAAUUUAAUCACAAACGUUAUUUAUCAGAACAUAAAAAUAUUCAUUUACCAGAGAAACCAUAUGAAUGUGAUGUGUGUCACAAAAAAUUUAAUCAUAAAAGUGAUUUAUCAAAACAUAAAAAUAUUCAUUUACCAGAGAGCCCAUAUGAAUGUGAUGUGUGUCACAAAAAAUUUAAUCAUAAAAGUGAUUUAUCAAAACAUAAAAAUAUUCAUUUACCAGAGAGCCCAUAUGAAUGUGAUGUGUGUCACAAAAAAAUUAAUCAUAAAAGUGAUUUAUCAAAACAUAAAAAUAUUCAUUUACUUAAUUUACCAGAGAGACCAUAUGAAUGUGAUGUGUGUCUUAAAAAAUUUAGUACUAAAUGGAAUCUUUCAAAUCAUAAAAAGAUUCAUUCAGGAGAAAAACCAUUUGAAUGUGAUGUGUGUAAUAAAAAAUUUAAUCGUAAAGGUCAUUUAUCUACACACAAAAAAAUUCAUUUACUGGAGAGACCAUAUGGAUGUGAUGUGUGCCAGAAAAAAUUUAAGAAUAAGGAGGAUUUAUCAAAACAUAAAAAUAUUCAUUUACCAGAGAGACCAUAUGAAUGUGAUGUGUGUCACAAAAAAUUUAAGAAUAAGGAGGAUUUAUCAAAACAUAAAAAUAUUCAUUUACCAGAGAGACCAUAUGAAUGUGAUGUGUGUCACAAAAAAUUUAUUUAUAAAGGUCAAUUAUCAAUACAUAAAAAUAUUCAAUUACCAUUUAAUUAUAAAGGUCAAUUAUCAAUACAUAACACAUAAAAUACAAUACAUAAAAACAUAUGAAUGUGAUGUGUAUCAUAAAAAAUUGAAGUAUAAAUGUAGUUUAUCAAUACAUAAAAAUGUUCAUUUACUAGAGAGACCAUAUGAAUGUGAUGUCUGUCACAAAAAAUUUAAUUUUAAAGAUAGUUUAUCUAAGCAUAAAAAUAUUCAUUUACCCGAGAGACCAUAUAAAUUUGACAUUUAUCACAAACGUUUCCUCUAAAUCUAGUUUAUCUAUGCACACAAAUUUUUACUCAGGACUUGAAUGUGUUGUUGGUCAUUAAAUUCUCUUUCACAAAGAUCUUCAAUUAUCUAUAUAUAAAAUUAUUGCUUUUGUACUAAAACCACAUUGUGGAGGCUAAAAACACACCAUUAAUGUUUGUCAUACAUGACAUAAUACUCUUCAUUUAUAGUAAUAUUUGUCAUACAAAGUAUUACUAAUGAUUAAUAUGCUAUCUAGACAUUUCACACAAUGGAAAGAAAACUACAUGGAAAGAAUGGAUGUCGUGAAUCUCCAUAGCACAUUUAUGAUCUUGUACAAGGUGUUAUGGCUAGCUUUGUUCAGGUUUUUUGGAAAAUAAGAUGGCUAAAUUCUUACCCUUUACAUUACCCAUACAAUUAAUACUAACCACUAAUCAACACCAACAUUUUAAAUGUACAAUUAUAAUUUGAAUCAUUGAAGUAAUACUUACUCUAUAUUUUUCUAUAUUGAAUAUAAUUCAUUUUAUGCAAUUUUAAAUUUUGUAUAACUAAUUAUUUAACCCAUUAAGUUGAUCAUAAUUAUGAUAAUUGAAGUGAGCAACAAAAUGUUUUAAUUAAUGUAGCUGAAAAUGAUUAAUUUUUUAAGACAUAAGAUACAAUUUAUUAUUGUGAUGAUUAUUGAUGUUUAAUUUAUAUUUUUUUUUUAAAGACAUAAUAAAUAUUUUCAGC